ACUAUCCAAACCUUAUAGGAAAAUGACAAAAAGUCGAUUUGAUAGGGGUGCAUUUAAUUCGAUUCACAGAAAAAAGGCUACCCUUUGUUGAUGACAAAACAGCAGGAGAAUUCAAGAAGUGUAACAGAUAAACAAGAGACUGUGUAAAGCUACAUAAAUGUUUGUGAAAGUGGGGAAGGAGGGGGUUGGCUCAUCUGCUAUCCCCAAGUUAAAAGCUGCCCUUUUUAUUUAUGAAAUAGGCAGAGAAAUAAAAGGUGGUAAUUUUCCAGGUGAAAAACUCAACAACCCAAGUGAGCUUAUCUCACUAAUAUCACAUACAGUCUUAAGAUUUUUCUUUAUAAUUUUUUUAUUAUAAUUAUUUUCUAAUAUUGGAUCCUCUUUUUAUCACCAUUGGUUUGUCUUCUAGUCAUCUAAGCACUGUAAAUUAUGGUGGAUAGGGUUGCCAGGUAGUGGUAUGUACCUUCCACUUGAAUAAUGACACUGUUGAUCUAUUAAGUUGUUUUUUUGUCCUUGUAAAGGAGUCAUCUCAGUUUUUCAAAAUGUAAAUAGCAACUAGUAACCAGUUUAUAUAUCUAUAUAUAUGGAUGGUGAACCAAGGUGUUUGAUGCUCUUUCACACUGUAGAUUACAUAAAAACAAUCUUAUCAAAGUUUUUAAGUCUUGGUGGGAUUAGAGAUGGAGUCUUCUUCCCAUCUUUUUGGAAGUUCAGAGAAGCCUACCUACGACACAGAAUCCGGUUGGACAAUGUACAUUGGUUCCCAAAUCCAACAUGGAGUCGAUGAUCGUCUACACGAAAAUGAAAACAAACCUUAUAAAGGUGAAGACUUCAAUGGUGAAAGUGAUGACUCCAUGGCUUCAGAUGCCUCCUCUGGUCCAACUCUCAGUGAGCUUGGAGUGAAGGAGAGAAGUCAAAUCUCGGGUGCUCUUAGAAACAGAGUAAAUGUACUUCAGCAUAGCAAAUGUUCUAAACUUGGCAAGCAAGAGAAGAAGAGAAUUGAAAGUAGAAGGAAUACUAAAGGAGAGAAAGAACUUGAGAAAGUUAGAAAAGCUGAAAGUGCUUCUAGCCAAGUCUAAGGUUGAGGUAAAACAUGAAAACACCAACCAAACUAGUUAGUGGCCAAAUAUUUUCUUUUAAACUUUUUCGUUGUUGUUCUUGUUGUUGUUGUUGUUGAUGAUGUCGUCUCUGAUUCUAUUCUGAAAUAGCAUAUUUUCUCUGUUUUGACACAAUGUCUUCUCUUGUGUAUCCAAACUUGUAAAAAUAACUUGAAUACUUUUUUCUUUAUCUUAGUUCUUUAUAUGUGUUAAGGGAUGAGAGACUGCAUGUUUGCAUGAAA